AUGUUCGGUCUGCUCGGCGCGCUUAUUCCUCUCAACCAAUCACAGGACAGCACACCCACGCGAGUCAUCUGCGAGAGCGUCACCCUUGGGGAAUUUACCCUCACAAUCGGCUCCAACCCAUUCCCUUCCCCGCCGCCCCCCGCGCCGUCCCCUCCGCCCCCCCCGUCCCCGCCAACUCCGCCAACCCCCACUCCGCCUUCUCCGCCCGUAACCACCCCCACCGACAACGGCGGGUCAAGCGGGCUGACGAUCGGGCUAGCGAUCGGACUCGCGAUACCGAUUAUUCUCCUGCUCGUGCUGGGCGCGUGGUUGAUCUGGCAGCUGCUGCAGCGCGGGCGCUACGAGAAGAUGGAGCUCGCGGCGGAGCGCGCCGCGAACCUCGAGACCGCGCUCAUCGCGGGCCAGCGCGCGCCGUCCGCGCCCGCUGUGCGCACGAGGGGGGCACUGGAGGACGAGGCGAUGGGGAAGGGUGCGGGGGGGAAGGGGAAUGAGGGGAUGCUGCGGGGUGCAGGCAGCAGGACAGGUAGCUGA